CUACGUCAUCACGGUGCGCCAUGCAUGGUGAGGUGAAAUGUCGUGGCCAUCUUCGAAGAUCGCUGUUUGAAUAGUUGGAAAGUGCCGAGGAUUUUUGAGUUUUAAUAGAACUCUUCAGCUUUUUUUUUUCUUAUUCUGCGAUCUGAUUCAAUUGCUAAUCGGAAUGCUGAGAGGCCGAUUUGUUUACGCGCAGGCGAUGAGCUAGAUAGCAGCUGGGUGUCUCGUUCGGCGAUGGUGGCCUUGCGUGGCUAGCUAGAUGGGACUGUAAACAAAUGCCUCAUGACAAGAGUACACUGUUUUUGGUAAGCAAGUUUAAAAGCCUACAGCUUUGGAAGUUUGUAACCCCUUCUCGUCAGUAACCAAAUGAGUGAACGAAUAGAUUAUAUUGGUCACUUUCAGACUGUCCUCGACGCAACACGCCUCGCUCGGUCAACUGGAUAACUUUGCAGGAUUUAGUUAAAUUUCACCAAACCAGCGCUGCAAGUGUGAGUUUCUUGAAUAACUAAAGGCGGAAGGUACACCAGACAAAACAUGUCGUCCUUCUCCGAGUCUGCCCUGGAGAAAAAGCUUUCUGAACUCAGCAACUCCCAGCAGAGCGUUCAGACCCUGUCGUUGUGGAUCAUCCACCAUCGUAAACAUUCACCUCUCAUCGUCAAAGUUUGGCACAGGGAGCUGAAAAAGGCGAAAACCAGUAGGAAGCUGACGUUCCUCUAUCUAGCCAACGAUGUUAUCCAAAACAGCAAAAAGAAAGGACCGGAGUUCGCCAAAGACUUCGAGACCGUCCUGGUCGAUGCAUGCUCCCAUGUGGCCCGGGAGGCAGAUGGGAGCUGUAAGAAGCCCAUGGAGAGGCUGCUGAACAUCUGGAAGGAGAGGGCUCUGUACCGCGCAGACUUCAUCCAGCAGCUCAAACUAGCCAUUGAGGACUCCAACAGCCCAAAGCCUGCCGUCGUGUCCUCCAACGAUAAAGUCACCGAGGAGAAGAGGGCAGCGAAGCGGAGCUACCAGAAGAUCCAGGAGGAGGAGGAAGAGGAGGACGACGACUACAGGAGCCAUGCCUCCCCGCACACCACCGACGCUACCGCCGCUCUACUGACUGAGGAGCUGGUAAAAGCGCUGCAGGACCUGGAGAACGCCGCGUCGGGAGACGCUGCCGUACGCCAGAAGAUAGCCUCGCUGCCGCAGGAAGUCCAGGAUGUCUCGCUACUGGAAAAGAUCACUGACAAGGAGGCGGCGGACCGGCUGUCGAAGACGGUGGACGAGGCGUGUCUGCUGCUGGCCGAGUACAACGGGCGGCUGGCGGCGGAGCUGGAGGACCGCCGGCAGCUGGCACGCAUGCUGACCGACUACAUCAGCAGCCAGAAGAACGCCCUCGGGGAGAGGGAGAAGAAGCUGGAGGAGUUCAAACAGAAGCUGGCCCGGGUAACCACGGUGCGGAAGGAGCUCAAGUCCCACAUCCAGAGCCUGCCCGACCUCUCGCUGCUCCCCAACGUGACGGGGGGCCUCGCACCCCUGCCCUCCGCUGGUGACCUCUUCUCCACUGACUGAGAGACCCCCCCCCCCCCCCCCCCCAAGACACAUACACACUCUAACCCCGCCGCCAACCUGUGGAGUCAACACAAACACACACGCACACACACACUAUCUCUCUCUCUCUCUCCCCCCCAAACAAUUUGUGGCUUCUCAGAGCAAGUGAGUGAGAGACGGAGAGAAAAGUCACAGUGGACAUUUUUCAAUGACACAACAACUCCCUCCAUUUCUCCCGCCCGUUUAUUAUCAAAGAUUCUACUCCACCAGCUCGGAAAACUAUGGCUUCCUGUUUUUGGUUUUAAUACCUUCAAGUUUUUUUAUGCCGGGACUGUGCUACGGUCUCAGAUAUAUAUGUGUGUGUGUGUGUCUAUGUAUUAGGGUUGGUGAGGGUGAGGUCAUGAAUGGCAAUGCCUAAUCACUACUUGUCAGAGGAAGCCCUGUAUAAUGUGUUAUGGGGCUGGCGGGACCUCGCUGCAACCCCGAUGUGAAGGAGUGUGUUCCCUUCAUUUUGUUAAGUUUGCUUUAAAACGUUGGGAGAGCGGGCGCUUCUCUCGCAGAGUGUGAGCGUGCGCGUGUGCCGAUAGUCUACAACUGUGACAUCACAGACUCUUUGCCGUGGACGUAGAAGCCUGGAAUGCAACAGCUCUUGACCUUUGUUGGGUGUCCGAUUAGGUUCAAAAGAGUUUAAAUCGUUUAAUUUGGAAUGUCUUAUUUUUAAAUUAUUGUUUAGUGUUUUUUUCUUCUUUGUUUGAGCAUGGAGCUUAAACAAGAAAUGAACAGUGCAAGUAGUUCAUGCAUUGGAGAAUUUCGAUGGAUGGGUAAAAGACACAUUUUGUUAUGCGGAAAACUACAUCUCCCAUUUGUUCAAAAGGAAAAAAAGGAAUAUUCAUUCAUUUUUAAAUGUAUGAAAAACAUCUGUUUAAUGUGUUAAACAUUUUUUGCCACAUUGUUUUUUGUGUAUUUUUAUUUUUUUACCCUUGGUAUCCCUGUUUAGCAUCAGAAGGUCUACACCGCUUCAGUUCUGAAGGACAGUUCUCAGGUGUUUAUUGGUAGAGGAGUCAUGGUUUUUAAAUGUUAGGACAUUUCAGUAGCUUUAGGAGGGUAAGAAUCCAAAUGCAAACCACAGGCCUAGUAGUUCAGCAACGUACUAUCUCUUUCCCGUUUUUAUUUGUUUAGGCCAGAUCUCAUAAUUGGAAUAACGUAUGGUUGGUGUUCUUUCAUAUAUAUGUACAGAUAAAAUGAUAUUUGAGAGCUUUUAAAGUGACAAAGGCUUAAUUUGUGUAACAAAUUAUUUAAAAGCUUUCUGAACUGUACCACUGAUCAACUACAAAGUACACUGUCCAUAUAUGUACUACCCAACUUGUACCAACUUCAGGAGUCAGGACUACUCUGAUCGAACGAUCAGGCCUGGCAGGCAUAUCUGCGAUCUCUGAGUCUUAUGUGAGUAUGGCAUGAGUCACACGGCAGCACCAAAUGAAACUGUUUAGGUUUUGUGAGUUUACAUUAAGAUUGUGGACACCAGCUUUGUAGACCGUUCCAUAUUUGACUUUCGUCCCACGGAUGACACGCUGUCUGACCGUUGCAGAAUGGAUGUGAUUUUUCCAAGGGGUGCUGCAGGUGUACGAGGAUGGUACUGCAUUAUUUGAAUGUUAAGUGACCGUUUCUCUUAGCAGAAUCAUGCUGUCCCACUAGCGUUUGAUUAUUCAUUUCUGUAAUUAAAGUGCUUCAAUGGAUACUAAUAAAGUGUAACCAUUUGAACAUA